AACUUUAGGGUUGAAACGCAGAAUCUAAAUAACUUUGUUUCUGGAUUCUUUUUAAAAAGUUUUAAACUAAUUAAAUUUAUACAUACAUACUUAUACAUUAGAUAGUAUUUACUUGAAACUUCCAAGCUUUUUCUCAAACCAAAGAUUAACAAACAAAUAGUCUUCAACCUCCAGUAAAACCUACUAUCCAUAUUGUAAUGAUGUGUCCAACUCUUCACCUAAUCGUUGUUACACUAUCAUAACUUAUUUAUCUAACCAGUGCAUCACUAUUCGAAAUUAACUAAUGAAUCUUUUUAGCACCACUAACAAUUAUUCACUUAAUUUUGUGCAGCACCAUUAUACGACUUUCGGUAUAGGUCAGCGACAUCCUUAUUUGCAAGGUCACUUUCAAACAUUUUUGUGACAACCCGCCCCGUGGAAACUACUUGCUCCGUGGGUCCCAGAUUCACAGCGCUGCAGUGCACCAACCCUGAGACCUACGGGGCAGGUAGUUCCCACGGGGCGAGUUGUCACAAUUUUAAUAUAACAUUAGAGUCCGAAUAUCAUUUUUUCAAUUGAAUUCAUAAUUAUCGAUUUUGGGGAUAUUUUAAUAUUUUGUAGAUUUCUCACCAUCUCUUACUGAUACUAAUACAUUUUAAUCAACAUAAUCAUCUUUUCCGAAAACGAUAUUAAGUUAAGUUUUUGCUGAAUAAACCUCUUUAAACAUUCUAUUAUGACAUUGUAACUUCCAAAAAAUAACUAUUUCUAGUUUAUUGACUAAGUUAACUAAACCCAUUAAGCUACUCAAAAGAAUAUCACCAACACCAAAGAAAGUUGCAAUUUUUUUGUCACCAUUUACCUAUCGAAAAUCAACCUUCAUCUUUUUAAACAAAAAUAUAAGAUGCUAAACUAUUUCUUUGUCGGCCAAAUAUUUCAUUAGAAUAUAUUUUACAUAUCAGUCCACUUUCUUACAUACUUUCCAUUAUGUAGCAUACAGUUGGUAGCAUAGCAUAUUUUGUAAUUUUAUCCACAUCAAAAAGUUUGUUGCGAGGUAGAUGAACAAAAUUAUAUUUAUCAGUAGAUGAUAGUGAAAGGAUAUCUUUGAGAUAGAUAUAUAUCGAUGCAUCAGACAGUGUUCAUGAUUGAGCUUGAUAAAUGAUCAUAUAGGCCUUUUAGUAUUACCUUUAAAAGUGACUUUUGUAUAUCUGAGUUUUCUCAUCUCCACCUCAGCCAUCGCCCAUCGACAAUGCUACUGCCUCAGCUUGCUAAUCUGUUUAAGUUCGUGUUAGCUAUACUGAGUUGAAGAGUCAGUUUUAUUUAUUUAAACCAACGUUUCUUAUAAAAAUCAAGACAAAAAACAUUAUCUCAAGAUACACAGUUUUAUCUAAAACAUCCACAUAUCAUUCAUCAAAUAUGUGCUAUAGACGACAAGUAGAAAAUGACAUGAAACGACUUUUUCAACCGUUGCGUAUGUGUGACUUGAAAAGAAAAAUUGUUGUACCUCGAAGAUAUUCGAAAAAGGAAAAGUCACCACUCAACUCACGUUCAGAAAUUAAAGCAUCGACAACAAACAAUUUAUAAGAGAACUAAUAUCAAACAAUGCAUAUAAUAUGGCAAACAAUAAUGAUAACAUUUUGACACACGUCACACACUUCGACACAUAUAUAGAGACUCUAUUGCAAGUCAUUUCUUGCACUCUAACUUUUUCCAAGACAAAGAAAACCUGGAAGAAUUGGAAGAGACAGGUGAGAAUAGUUACUAUGGGGAGUUUGGGAGAAGAAGAUCUAGAAAAGCUUGUGAUCGAUUAUAUUGAGUCUUCGAUCAUCGUCCCCGGUCAUAUGGAGAAGUCUUCAACUGCUCUAGUAACCCUUCAGGAGAUACUUGGGUCGAAAGGAGAAAAGGAAAAGGAGAUGGAAGAGAAGGUUAAGUCGUUUAUCAGGAGAAGAAAAUUAUCAUACGAAGGAGACGAUGAGAAGAGAGAUGUGAUGAAAAGGAUUGUAUCUAAGUUCAGAUCUGAUGGUUACAAUGCUUCUAUCUAUAGAACCUCGUGGGAUUCUUCUUUUGAUCGCCGUAAAGGAUGUAGUAGAAUGUUUAGGUGUACGAGGAAGUACGAGUACAUUGAGGUCAUGGUGGCAAGUGAACAGGACGGUGAUGACGGAAGCAAGGAACGUCUGAUAAUUGAUCUUGAUUUCAAGUCUCAGUUUGAGUUAGUGAAGCAGACUGAAGGUUACAAAGACGUGACUCAGAUGCUUCCGACAGUGUUUGUGGCGACAGAGGAGAGACUCAAAAUAGUUGUUUCGUUGGUUUGUGGUGAGAUGAAAGAGUCCAUGAAGAAAGAAGGAAUGUCUAGACCUCCAUGGAGGACUACGAGAUACAUGUUAGCCAAGUGGCUACCUGAGAACCGUUUGACAGUCUCUGGUUCUAACACUACAAGAAAACGUAUCUUUACCGAGGAAGUUUAA